AUGUCGCCCAUGACACGAGAUGGCCAUGUUCCCCAACAACAGGCCAGCGGCACCAGUUCUCGCGGUCGGUCGCCGACGAAGAGUGCCUUCACUACGUUGACCAAGGCCAUGGUCAAUGGCGGCAAGUCCAGAGACGUCUCACCCACCAAGCCCAAGAAAACAAAGUCCGGCACGAACCUCGUCGGUCUCCUCGCCAGACCCAAGUCGAUACGAAGCCUGCAUAAGCUUCUCGUCGACGAGGAGGCACGCCAGACCAAGGACAAGGAGAAUAGAUCUCCUGCGGACCCGAUCCACCCAGACAGUGGCUCGUUCGUGCCCACGCCCAUCUACUCCCAAUUCUGCCGGGAUGGCGGUGCUGUGGAAUCUCCCGCGAGCAUGAGUAGUAUUCAUCAGUCGGAUAUGACGGAAAAGAAGCCUCGGCCCAAAUCGUUCCAUCCCCAUUACACCCCUAACAACGCCUCGUCCGACCGCAUCAUACCGCCGAACCCUGCCAGAUCGCCGGGGAAGACGGCAUCCUGGGAGAGGUCACCCACGAAACCCACCCGGCCGAUGCUUAGUACCGUGCUCGGCCAUUCCCGGUCCAAAUCGUCCGAUGCUACCUCGUCUGAGCCCUACAUCAACCCCAAGGAUAUCGAUUCACAUCUAGAGGCUAUGCUGAACAGAAGGAAUAUUCCCGAAAACCAAAGAUACAAAAUGAGGAAUCUCAAUAACACCAUCAAGAUGGAGUUUAUCCGCCAGGACUGGGCUGAGAUGCAGGCCGCGAAGGUGGAUACCCCCAAAGCUAUAGAGGCCGAGGCUUCUCUGCAGGCCACAUCUGCCAUUGCCUCUGGAUACGAUCAAGAGAGUGAUAAGCCGAAGCGAACACGGGGAAAGAGCUUUACUUUGGCCCGUGGAAACAAGCAUUCUGGGUCUUCUGGGAAAAAGUCCCGAGUGGAGGGCACUCUUGGCCGACACUUCCGGACUAAAUCUACUGAUAGCAUAAGCACGAACGACCGGCCGCUGUCCGGUAUCUCCACCUCAUCUGGGAGUGGGAUUCUAUCCAAGAUCAAACUCGGCCAGGGGCCGGGCGAUUUUGUCUCCUACCUUCGAAAGGUUACCAAGCCCGAGAUAGUCGAGGUCGGCAAGCUGCACAAGCUUCGUCUCCUCUUGAGGAACGAGACCGUCACCUGGACAGAGGACUUUAUUCAGCAAGGAGGGAUGAAGGAGAUUGUCAACCUACUCAACAGGACGAUGGAAGUUGAGUGGAGGGAGGAGCACGAGGAUGCCCUACUCCACGAGACUCUUCUCUGUCUCAAGGCCUUGUCGACUACUGCGUUGGCGCUCCAGUAUCUUCAUUCGAUCCAAGCCUCGCUUUUCCCGAAAUUGCUCCAUUUGCUUUUCGACCCUGAGAAGAAGGGCCCGAGCGAGUUCACGACGCGAAACAUCAUCAUAUCGGUUCUCUAUACCUACAUCGAGUCGGCAUCAGGGCUCGAGAGGAUUGCCCGAGCGCAAACUGUCCUCAUGCAUCUUCGAGAUCCCGAGCCGCCGGAAGACGAGCGUCCUGUCCCUUUCGUCCUUGAGAUGCGACGGGAGCGUCCGUACCGCGUCUGGUGCAAAGAGGUGACCAACGUGACUAAGGAGGUCUUUUGGAUCUUCCUCCACCAUGUCAACGUGAUCGCUCUCAACAAGCCCGACGGGAAUGGGAAUGGCUCUUCGUCUCCGCGCGGGGCUGACUUUGAAAACGCGAGCGCUGACAUGGCCUACAUGGCACGCCACUUCCCCCAGGAACGGCCGCCGGUCCCCGCCGCGCCCUACGUCGGCGGAGUGGAGUGGGACGCAACAAACUAUCUUGCCUCUCACCUCGACUUGAUGAACGCCAUUCUCGCCUGCACGCCCACUGCGGAGGCCCGCAACGCCCUCCGCGCCCAGCUGCGCAUCUCAGGCUGGGAGCGCUGCAUGGGCGGAAGUCUCCGCCUCUGCAAGGAGAAAUUCUAUGGUGCCGUCCACGAGGCCCUCAGGACCUGGGUCGCUGCGGGGGCCGAGGAUGCCUGGGAUGUGAGGGAUGUCCGCUUCGGCCCGCCACCUGACCAGCCCCGCAGCCCCGUCAAAUCCACGGGCGGCAUGAAGAAGAAGAUCGAUCCACCUCCGAAGAUCGAGAUACCUAAGUUGAGCUUGGGCUUGGAUGGCGGCUCGAGCCGUGCGGCCCCUGCCGUCGGCCAAGAUGACAACUCCUGGCUGUCGUGA